ACACUGCAGGCAUUGUUCCAAGUACUCAUGACAGUAGUUAUUAUGGAAGAAUGAUACUCUAUGAUUUUGCUGGUAAUUCCGAGUACUACUCCUCACACGCUGCAAUCAUGGAGUCAAUCAACACAUCGAAAGGAAGUAAUAUAUAUUUGAUAAUUUGUGAUUUGAGUAAAGGCGAAGAAGUUGCUGUCACUAAAUACAGCUAUUGGCUUUCAUUUCUAUCAUACAAUAUUAAACAAUUCUCAAACACAAUUAUCCUACCAGUGGGAAGCCAUGCUGAUGUCAUUAAUGUAACGUCAAUGGAACGAGUAUUAUAUGUGCUUGACAGUAUAUCUCAAAAGUUUUGUAGCAAGAUUGAUGAUUUUAUAUAGAACAAAGUAUUGCUCUUGAUUGUCGUAAACGAGGGGCUGUAGUGAAUGACAUAAAGAAACUUACAAAGCACUCGAGAUUCUCGAAAAAUGUAUCCUCCAUCGGACUUUCUCCAGAGACGAGUGUUCUCUUGGGAUUGUUGAAAAAAGACUUUGAACACAUUCCUUGCAAAGUGAGCCUGCUCAUCUCUCGCAUAGAAGAUACUCGAAUUCCGCUGCCACUAAAUUCUUCAUUACUAUAUACUCUCAUAAGAGAGUUACAUGAUUUGGGUCUACUAAUGGUGAUAGAGAGAGAAGGGGACUCCAUUGAGAACCACAUAAUCAUUCUCAAGAUAUCAAUAUUCACAUCAGAUGUGCACAAAAAACUCUUUUCAGAGUCUGCUAGAGCUGACCUCACCAAGGACAUUGAUCCACUCAAGUUCAGCAUAGGCAUUAUUCCAGAAUCACUACUGGAAAUAGUACUGCCAGAGCACAUCACUAAAGAAAGUCUACUUAAGCUGCAGUACUGUCACGAAAUUGAGAAUUUGUACGUGGAAGAGGACCACACUCUUUCUCAACUCACUAUAGGCCAGUCCCAACAAACACUGCCAAUACAGAGAAAUUUCAUUUAUUUUUUCCUGCUUUAUGUGAUCUCAAGCUCGGCGAAAUUCAAUGGCCAAAAUCCGAAGGUGAUAUGAUUACUUUAGGAUGGUAUGCUAAAUGUGAUGGUGACAGAUUCGACUAUUUCCCAACAAGAUUUCUCCAUGUGCUUAUUGUUCACCUCUCUCACAACUUCGCAUUAAAACAAAACCUGCCAACAAGUCACAGACCCUCUUUAGUAAGUGAGUCUUCUAGUAAUAAUAGUUUUUUGAUUGCGGAGGUAUGUGCUGCCAAUCCUCGCUGUCGUGUCUGGUCAACUGGUCUGCAUUGGCUUAUGAAGAAUGGAGUGGAGGUAUUUGUCGAUAUGCCUAAAGACGCUGAUAGUAAAGAUCUGAUUGUACUAGCAAGAAGUGACAUUGAAGAUAAAGUUGAAUGUUCCAACACUCUGCAACUAGUUAUUCAGAAGGUAGUCGAAAUUAAAGUUGAAUUCUGUGCUAGCAUAGUGCCAACUGUUUACCUUCUUGAUCCGAGCAACCUUAAGGAUGAACCUUUUACGAAUGCUAGCAAUGCACCUAAAUAUGCUCUAAUCGAUAUCGAAAAGGCACUAGCAGAAGGCACUAAGCGAGUCGUGGACAAUAAAGGACGAUGCUUCUCCUCUCCGAUCAAAGAUUGGAUCAGCCCAAUAUCUUACUGGAAAUUGUUGUUUCCGAUGGAUACCUUCUUGGUUCGUUCUGCUUUGAAAAAAGUAUUAGCUCAAUGGAAACCGCUAGGACUAAAUCUUUUAAUUUCCUGGAUUAAACUAGAUAACAUUGACAAUGAAGCAUCCUUUCCUGAUGGCAUUGCUAAGAAAAAGAAGUAAUUCAACUGUGGAUGUCACAAGAACCCACCUGGAUAGUGUUGGUAGACACUCUCAGUCAACCUUCAAUUGGAUUGUCCCAGAAAGCAAGUCAAAUCUCAGUAGAACACAAUGUGCCUCUACAAGAGAAAAUCCUCUGCGAAAACAAUUCAUCCCUCCGUCCUGACGAGGACUUUCUCCAAUCAUUUGCUGCCAUCAUUGGCUCUCGAUGGCAGUGUCUUGCUUCUCCCCUCUCCCUCACUUCUGAAGACAUUGUGAGCAUCAAGAGAGAGACAACCAGACAAGCACUUGUCAUGCUACAGAAGUGGGCAGCCAGGGAGACGGCAACUUAUGGUCAGUUGAGAGAGAAACUCUGUACACUCUUCGUGUUUCAUAUUUGAGAAAAGUUAAUUCAUUUAUCACAGCAGAAAUUUUAGCUAUACGUUCCAUAUUCAUGCAAUGGCGGCCUUUUAAAGCUAAUGGACGUAGCUAUACAUU